GCCAGUAGUUCCCCGACCUUCGAGAUGGUGGUGAUGACGUCACCGCCUUGGGCGACGCUGGAGGGGAAUGAGAGGACGUCAGUACCACUUCGGACACAAGCUGUGCACGUUGUUAAUCAAUUAUAUUUUCAAAUAAAUUCGUAAAAGACUUUUCUGGCUUAUAGAGCAGCGGUGGGAUAGCCUUCCGCUUUAUCCGAAGUAUCUGGUGCGUUAAGUGACAAAGUUUGGUUAGUGUAAAACUACGAUUUUUAUUUUGUGCGUGUUUGUGCGACAAUGAGCCGCCAGUACGCAGAAAAACGAAACCGAGCGCGUCGAUCGGAUUAUCGCGACGAGGAAACGUCCCGUCGGCGAUCCCGUUCAAGAUCUCGGUCAAAAUCCCGAUCAAGACGGCGUCCCAAUAGCUCGCAUAGAGAAGUCGCCGAAAAUACCGCCCGACUUCAGAAGUUGGAGACGAUGAUAGAGAAUUUAUUGCGACGUGAUUCCACAAGCAGUGAACCCAGUCAAACGCUGGUGAGGAUGACGGUCAAGAGUGAUUGCAUCCCACAAUUUACGCCAGGAAAACCGAACCAAUCAGCACUCAAGUGGGUCAAUAAAAUCGAUCAGCUCGCUCAAGUCAAUAGAUGGGACGAAAGCACCACAGUUCAGCUGAUGCAGAACCGUUUAGCGGGACUCGCCCGCUCAUGGUAUGAAAAUUUGACCACUUAUACGUACUCGUGGAACGAAUGGAAAACGCUCCUUGUGAAAACGUUUCCCGAUCAACAUGAUUUUGCUAUAACAUUGCGCAAUCUGGUUCAACGCGAAAAACGGCCUGACGAACCGAUGACGCAAUAUUACUUUGAUAAAAUGAAUUUAUUACAAGCGUGUAAUAUUGGCGGCCGUGAUGCAGUUUCGUGCCUAAUCGACGGUUUAGGUGAUCGUACUCUGCAGAACGGUGCAAAAGCAGGGCGGUACACGGCCCCUGAGGAGUUAUACAGUGAAUUUCUUUCAUUGCUGGGAACGGACAGAACAGACAGCAAAAAUGAACCUUCAAAUGUGGAAAAAGAAAAAUCCACUAAAUUUGAUAAGAAAAGAUUGGGACCAAAAAUGAAUUCAAAACCAACUUCUACGUCGUCUCAUUCAGUAAAAUGUUACAACUGUCAUGCUGUGGGGCAUAUUGCCACAAAUUGUCCCAAGCCAAAAGUAGAAUGUAGAAAUUGUAACUUGCUGGGUCACGAUACCAGCAAAUGUCGAAAGACAAAGAGAUCAAAGCAGGGUUCUAGGUCAGAAGUUAAGAUAGUAGACUCAACGAAGGCCAAUCAAGAAUGCUACUUUGUUGAAUGCAAAGUCAAUGACGUUCUGGUACAAGGAUUUAUCGACACCGGUUGCAGCAUUGUGACAAUUAGAGAAACUACAGCGACUCAAUUGAAUCUGAAACUGUCCAUAUCUACUCAGUGUAUUAAAGGUUACGCGGGUGGUAUGACCAAGCCCUUAGGAAAAAGCACGAUAAAGUUAGAAGUAGAUCUAAUGAGUGCCGAUGUUACAGCCCAUGUUGUUCACGAUGAUGUACAAACCGUUCCGAUUAUUGUCGGCCAAACCUUUUUGAAUCAAUGUAAUUGUACGAUGGUACUCCGAGAUAAUCAGGUACGGGUUUUUAACAACGCCCUUGCUGCGCUUCCAGCUCUAGAUGAGUUACCGCCGCAAAAGAUACACUUGAGGUCGAAGAUUACUACUGUUAUUCCACCUCAAACAAUUGCUUUCAUGGAAGUAUGUUGUGAGGAAGAUUACUCUGGUGAUGUUUACUUGGAACCGACAAUGAGGCAGCAACCAGGAUUCGAAUACACGAUACCUUGUUGUGUGACGUCCACUGCUGGAGUGAUUCCCAUUCACAACUACUCGCAGAACGCCUUAGAAUUCAAGCAAGAUCAGCUAUUGGCUCGUGGUGUGCCAGCAGAAGAAGAAGUUCUUCUAGAAGGGGAUGCGUCUCCACGAGGACGUGGUGGAUGGCGCGUGGCCGAGCUGUAAGCGGCAACCGUUUAUGCUGACGCCAGUAGUUCCCCGACCUUCGAGAUGGUGGUGAUGACGUCACCGCCUUGGGCGACGCUGGAGGGGAAUGAGAGGACGUCAGUACCACUUCGGACACAAG